ACCGCUUUACAAUUGGCCGUUGAGCGGGGUAAUAAAGACAUCAUAAAAGCGCUCCUUGACAAAAGAGCAGAUGUAAACUUAUCGGUCCAGCUGGGGCGGACAGCUCUGCUACUUGCAGCGGAAAAUGGUGAUAACGAUAUCGUUGAUCUCCUACUGAAAAAUGGAGCUGAGCAGGAGAAGGGAGACAAAGCGAGCCGAACUCCCCUUUUUGUUGCCGUGGCGAAUGGUGAUAAAGCGAUGACGAAAACGCUACUCGGUAGUGCCAAGAAUACUCUCAACGUUACAAGCUUGCAUGAUCGGAACCUACUGGACGUAGCUGUGGAUAGUGGGAACAGGGAUGUUGUAUGGUUGAUUGCAGAGAAGGCUUCAUCCUUUCGGUCAGGGAGAGGUCAAAAGAACGCAUAA